AUGCCUACCACAUUCACUUUGCCUCCUGAAAACGAAAUAAUCCCUGCUGUCCAGGCUCAAUUAACCUUCCGAAAGGAGGCAGAUUCUUUUCGACUUCGCAGAGAAGCCGAAGCCAUGGAGUACAUAAGAAGUCGUACCCCCAUCCCUAUACCGUCGAUCCUUGACAUGCAUAUUGAUAUAAACGAUGAUCAACCGGGCUGGAUUCUAAUGGAACGAAUUCCUGGGCGUCAACUAGACGACGCAUGGCCAACAAUGACCGAGACAGCCAAGGCACGCUGCAUCUCCGAGCUACAGUCAUAUCUGCAUCAGUUACAUAGUCUCCGUCCUCCUGGCUCUGGCUGGAUUGGAUCCUGUUCUGGAGGGCCUGCCUACGACCACCGACUAGAUAAUAUGACUACAUGUGGCCCAUUUGCGACUAUCCCCGAGUUCAACGACUUCCUCGUUGCGCCAGUGAAGAAUUGUCCACGGCAAGAGUGGGUGGCCAAAUAUCGCAACAUGCUCCGCGAUGACUAUUCUAUAAUAUUUGCGCAUGCAGAUCUCUCAGGGGAGAAUAUUCUCGUUGACCCUACAAACGGCUGCGUCACAGGAAUUGUGGACCGGGAAAUGGCGGGCUUUUGGCCGGAGUGA